AUGCAGUAUCAGAUACCAACAAUAAAAAUUACAACCAAAGGAGAAAUGCACUAUAUAAGCAGGUCGGUAGAUUUACCAGGCCUAAAACAACAACAGCAAAGUAACAACAACCAAAACGAUAUGGCUAUAGAAGAAACGGAAGAGCAGUGGAGACAGGAGGAGCGCAACCACGAUAACGAAAGAUAUUACCAGGACGAAAACUGGAAACUAGCAAAGACAAACAAGAAACCAUUAAGAAAUUUCUUCAGCUCACUAACGGAAGAAAUAGACGCUGAUCCGACAAGUAAAGCCACAACUCAUUCAAGUCACAUUACAAUAUUUGUCGAGGCCCAAAUAAUAGACCCGGUUAUUGAACUAAUAACAACAUAG